AUGCCCGAUCGAAAGCGGUACCGCUCGCGCUCACGUUCGCGCUCAGCGAGCAAACGUUCAAGCGUACAAGUCGAUGAGGCACAGCGAAAGGAAGCAGAGCGCAUAGCUGCCAUUGCCAAGCGUGCAGAAGAGCGAGCUGCUAAAAAGCAAGCAAAAGAGGAAGAGCAAGUCACAUCAAAGUCGAAACAUGCGGCUAUAAGUGAGCGAAAGCUACCGCUUAAGAUCGAGGAAUCCUCAACACCUAUGGGAGUACCAAAUUCUUUGCCCAAGUUUCGAUCAAAGGAUCAGAGACAAAAGGAAGCACUUGAACGACUCGAGAAGAAGCGACAAGAGAUGGACAUAAAGCGAAAAGAGACGGAAGAUGCUCGGAGAAAAUUCUUACAACAACAGCAAUGUGACAGAGAGCGCGAGCGAGCUCUGAGGUCCAAUGGCGACCGUCGUCGUGAUGGUGGCAGCUCAAGAGAUACCCGACGCAUCUCGGGAUCUUCGUCUAAAGACGAUACAAAAUUAGCUUUACUGGAUCCAAAUGAAUCAAAGGCUUUACAAGCACUAAAAGAUCAAUACUUAGGCAAGACGGUAAAGAAAAAAAAAGUGGUUAAGGCUAGUGAGAAAUUCUCGAAGAUUUUUCAGUUUGAUUGGGAGGCGUCGGAAGAUACCAGCGCGGAUCUGAAUCCAUUGUAUGCUCAAAGGAUGAAUGUCAAUCUGCUGUAUGGACGUGGAUACCGUGCUGGUGUCGAUAUGCGUGAGCAACGAAAAAAAAACUCGUUUUUGGAAGAAUUGAGUCACAAACGCCAGAAGGAACAGCAAAUGGCAGAUGAAAGGGAUGGAAACUUGACUAGUGAACAGAUUGUGGCUAGACAGCAGGAACGUGAGCGUGCUCUACGAAGCAUGCAGGCUCGUGAACGAGGCCAUAUGCAAGAAAUGGCUUCGCGCGAGGCAAAGACAAUGGGCAUGCAUUGGUCGGAAAAGUCCCUGGAUGAUAUGAAAGAGCGUGACUGGCGUAUUUUUCGCGAAGACUUUGAUAUCACGCUGAAGGGUGGACGUGCUCCUCAUCCGCUACGCAAGUGGAGUGAAGCUGGCAGCAUGCUGCCUGAAGCCGUUUUUAAGUCUAUACAAGAAAUGGGCUUUGAGCGACCGUCACCAAUCCAGAUGCAGGCUAUACCUAUUGGUUUGCAGAAGCGCGACAUUAUUGGUAUUGCCGAGACAGGUUCGGGUAAAACUGCAGCAUUCGUGAUUCCCAUCAUCGCUUACAUCUAUUCGCUGCCAGCCACAAUGGUUGCACGCACUGGCGAACAAGGUCCGUUGGCACUUGUUAUGGCGCCUACUCGAGAAUUGGCCUUACAGAUUGAACAGGAAGCCAUCAAACUCUGCAAGUACACAAGUGUGGGUCUCUCAGAGUCAAUGAGUCCUAUCAAAACUUUGUCAGUGGUUGGUGGGCAGAGCAUUGAAGACCAAGGAUUUCGCCUCCGUGAGGGCGUAGAAAUUAUUAUUGGUACCCCUGGUCGUCUGAUGGAUUGCCUGGAGAGCCACUAUCUUGUGCUCAACCAGUGUAACUACGUUGUACUGGAUGAAGCAGAUCGGAUGAUUGAUAUGGGAUUUGAACCACAGGUGGUUGCUGUACUCGAAAAUAUGGGAUCACUUUUGAAAUCAGAAAACGAAGAAGAGAUGGAACAGCAGCUAAUGCUGGCAAAUGGUGCUCACCCAAAUCAGGAGCUGCAGCAUCGUCUUCGAGUCACGACUAUGUUUAGUGCUACGAUGCCGGUCGAAGUGGAACGUCUGGCGAAGACGUUUCUGCGACACCCAUCUAUCGUCAAGAUAGGUGAUGAAGACUCUGGCAAGAAUAAGCGUAUCGAACAGCGAAUCAUGUUCAUGAAUUCAGGCAAAAAACGCUCCAAGCUCGUUGAAGUAUUGCGUGACAUCCUGAGUGCACAGAAUGUGCCAAUGCCUCGGUCUCGCAAGGAAAAAAUUGUUGAUGGAGCCAAAAUUAUUGUGUUUGUCAACAUCAAAAAAGAGUGCGACUCAGUGGCAAAAUUCAUUUCCAGCGAGGGAUUUCGCUGUACGAUAUUGCAUGGUGGAAAAACGCAGGAUCAACGUGAAGAGAGUCUUAGAAUGUUUCGUGAAGGCUAUUGUGAUAUGCUAGUAGCCACAGAUGUUGCUGGACGUGGUCUUGAUAUCCCAGAUGUGACACAUGUCAUAAACUUUGAUUUACCGUCAAAGAUCCAAAACUACUCGCAUCGUAUUGGUCGUACCGGUCGUGCUGGCAAAGACGGUGUAGCCAUCUCAUUUCUCACGGAUGACGACGAAGAGAUCAUGUACGACCUAAAACAGUAUCUUGUAUCGACCGAGAUGCCGGUGCCGACUGAAUUAGCGAAUCAUCCAUCUACUAAGGCCGCUCCUGGUGCUCGAGACGAAAAGGGAAAUGUCAUUGCACGUUCCAAGCGCGACACUGUCAUUUACGCAAAGUAA